CUUCCGAAGAGCGUUUGCAGCGGGAAGGCUACAGUGACUGAUACAUAUUUACUUUGGAAAUAUGAUGGCCAAACGAGCUGACUACGACGAGUCUGACGGCAGUGGCCCCCGAUCCAAACGCGUUAAGACGGAGCUCAACGGGAGCGACAACAACAAUAACAGCAACGGCGGCACACCCAUGGAGUCCAAUCCAUAUCUCGCACAUUGGAACGAAGAACCUAGGCAUACAGAUCGCCUGGCUUCCUUCAAGCGCCAUGCAACCACCUCAAAACAGGCGCGAGAGGCCGAGGAUGGUCCUCUCAACCCUUUCACUGGCAGGCCGCUCUCGAGUAGGUAUAUGAGCAUCUUGAAGCAGCGGAGAGACCUGCCCGUGCACCAACAAAGAGACGAGUUCUUAAGCCUCUAUCAGCAGUCGCAGAUCCUCGUCUUCGUCGGUGAGACUGGUUCCGGAAAGACCACUCAGAUCCCGCAAUUCGUUCUGUUCGAUGAUCUUCCACACCUAAACGGCAAGAUGGUGGCUUGUACACAGCCCCGUCGAGUCGCAGCCAUGUCCGUUGCGCAGCGUGUCGCCGAGGAGAUGGACGUGAACCUGGGAGAGGAAGUGGGUUACAGCAUCCGUUUCGAGGACAAGACUAGUCCGAAUACCAUCCUGAAGUACAUGACGGACGGAAUGUUGCUGCGCGAGGCCAUGAACGACCAUGACUUGACCCGAUACAGCACCAUUAUACUCGACGAAGCUCACGAGCGCACCCUUGCAACGGACAUUUUGAUGGGCUUGCUGAAAGAGGUCGUGCUGCGGAGGAAGGACCUGAAGCUCAUCAUCAUGUCUGCUACCCUCGAUGCCACCAAGUUCCAGAAAUACUUCCACGAUGCGCCCCUCCUCGCCGUCCCCGGGCGUACUCACCCGGUAGAGAUAUUUUAUACCCCAGCUCCCGAACGGGACUACGUCGAGGCAGCUCUCAGGACGGUGCUGCAAAUUCAUGCGACCGAGCCCGAGGGUGAUAUCCUGCUUUUCUUGACUGGCGAAGAAGAAAUUGAAGAUGCAUGCCGGAAAAUCAAUUUGGAGGCACAAGAGCUGCAACGAGAAGGAGGUGCCGGCCCUAUGGUCGUCUACCCGCUGUAUGGCACACUUCCUCCAGCACAGCAGCAGAAGAUUUUCACUCCGGCCCCACCACCUGCCACACCGGGUGGUCGCCCUGGUCGCAAAUGCAUUGUUUCCACCAAUAUCGCCGAGACUUCGCUUACCAUCGACGGAAUCGUAUAUGUAGUUGAUCCGGGAUUCAGCAAGCAGAAGGUUUAUAAUCCCCGAAUAAGAGUAGAGUCGCUCCUGGUCUCUCCCAUAUCGAAGGCGUCUGCUCAGCAGAGAGCUGGUCGUGCUGGUCGUACACGUCCUGGAAAGUGUUUCCGCCUGUACACCGAGGCCGCCUUCAAGAAAGAGCUCAUUGAGCAAACAUACCCUGAGGUGUUACGAUCGAACCUAGCAAGCACUGUUCUGGAGCUAAAGAAGCUGGGGAUUGAUGACUUGGUGCACUUCGACUUGAUGGAUCCACCGGCCCCGGAAACCUUGAUGCGUGCUUUGGAAGAGCUCAACUACCUUGCUUGUUUGGACGAUGAGGGCGAUCUGACUCCUCUAGGAAAACUGGCAUCCGAGUUCCCGUUGGAUCCGGCUCUAGCUGUCAUGCUCAUUACAUCGCCCGAGUUCUACUGUUCCAACGAGAUUCUGUCCCUUACCGCCUUGCUUUCCGUCCCCCAGAUCUUUGUUCGCCCUGCAAACAACAGGAAGCGGGCAGACGAGAUGAAGGAUCUAUUUGCGCACCCUCAAGGCGACCACCUUACAAUGCUGAAUGUCUAUCAUGCCUUCAAAUCGGACGCUGCACAAGAGAACCCCAAGCAGUGGUGCCACGACCACUUUGUCUCGUACCGGGCUUUACAGCAAGCGGACAAUGUUCGUCUGCAGCUCAAACGCAUCAUGGAACGGAAUGAGAUUGAGCUGAUGUCCACUCCUUUCGAAAACAAGAAGUACUAUGAAAACAUUCGGAGGGCCCUAGUCGCCGGCUUCUUCAUGCAAGUUGCGAAGCGCGACGGCAGCGGCAAGUCCUAUGUUACCGUGAAGGACGACCAGAAUGUAUUGCUUCAUCCCAGCACAGUGCUUGCUGAAGACAGCGAGUGGGUUGUGUACAAUGAGUUUGUGCUCACUACGAAGAACUACAUCCGGACGGUGACUAGUGUCAAGCCAGAGUGGCUUCUGGACAUUGCGCCGAACUACUACGAUCUUGACACAUUCAAGAACACAGACGUCAGAAAAUCGUUGCAACGGACAUUGACGAAGAUGGAGCGUGAGAAGGCUGCGAAUAAAUCCCGGCCACGAUAUUAGCCGAUCCUCCAAGCUCUCGCUGGUCGGGCCUCAUAACCGUCGAGAUGAGUUAUUCAAGGCAUUUCUGGAGCGGCUACUUAGGUAUUCCUGCAAAGUCAAGGAGCAUACCAAUACUGGCUUCGGUCUGACCUAAGUCGAUCAACCCAUGGAUGAGCUGUUGACCCAGAAUCAUGUAUGUGGCACGAGCUUUUGGAAAUUGAGGCCAAUUACUGGGAUAUAUUGAGGAUGAGAUGGAAGGUUUUGUGAACUUUUUGAUGGACACCAAUUGGAGGCACGAGUGGCUAUGCCCCCCUUGUUUCGGGAGGCACUUCAUGAUAGAGCUAUAUUUUAUUUAUCAUCCUUGUCUCUGUGAGCA